AUGCCUGGCGAGGGGUUCGGCUCGCUGAAGGACGGGGUUUUGGCGCCGGGAAAGGAAGAGGUGAAGAGCACCGUCAGCGACUCGCUGGGGAAGCUGCGAAGGAAAAUUGAUGGCACCAAUGUAGAGGAAGAUCACAUUGAACUGACUGAAGAGGGGAGGCCUGUGCAGGCAAGCACCCGAAAACCUGUGCUGUUCGACUGCUACUGCUGCGGGCUGCCCAAGCGCUACAUCAUUGCCAUAAUGAGUGGUCUUGGCUUUUGCAUUUCUUUUGGAAUUAGAUGCAACCUGGGUGUUGCCAUUGUGGAAAUGGUGAACAAUAACACAGUGUAUGUGAAUGGAAAGCCACAGCUUCAGAAAGCCCAAUUCAACUGGGAUCCAGAGACGGUGGGACUUAUACAUGGCUCUUUUUUCUGGGGUUACAUUGUGACGCAAAUUCCAGGAGGGUUCAUUUCAAACAAACUAGCUGCUAACAGGGUUUUUGGAGCAGCUAUUUUUCUAACAUCUACACUGAAUAUGUUCAUCCCUUCUGCAGCAAGAGUACAUUAUGGUUGUGUAAUGUUCGUAAGAAUUCUUCAAGGUCUGGUGGAGGGUGUCACCUACCCAGCCUGCCAUGGGUUGUGGAGUAAAUGGGCUCCUCCGCUGGAGAGAAGCAGGUUAGCAACCACAUCUUUCUGCGGGUCUUAUGCAGGGGCAGUGGUCGCCAUGCCGUUGGCAGGUGUGCUGGUACAGUAUAUAGGAUGGUCUUCAGUCUUUUAUAUUUACGGAAUGUUUGGGAUUGUUUGGUACGUGUUCUGGCUGCUUCAUGCCUAUGAGAGCCCUGCAGCACAUCCAACAAUAACCAGUGAAGAAAAGAUAUAUAUAGAAACAAGUAUAGGAGAAGGAGCCAGUCUAGCUAGUGCAAAUAAAUUUAGCACUCCCUGGAAGAGAUUUUUCACUUCAAUGCCAGUUUAUGCAAUCAUUGUGGCAAACUUCUGCAGAAGCUGGACCUUCUAUUUGCUCCUUAUAAGUCAGCCUGCUUACUUUGAAGAAGUCUUUGGAUUUGCAAUAAGUAAGGUUGGCCUUUUGUCUGCACUUCCUCACAUGGUCAUGACAAUCAUUGUGCCCAUUGGAGGGCAGCUAGCUGAUUUCUUACGGAGCAGGAAGAUUUUAACCACUACCACUGUAAGGAAGGUCAUGAAUUGUGGAGGCUUUGGGAUGGAAGCAACCUUGCUUCUGGUGGUUGGUUACUCUCAUACAAGAGGUGUGGCUAUUUCCUUUCUGGUGUUAGCAGUGGGAUUCAGUGGCUUUGCAAUUUCAGGAUUCAAUGUGAAUCACUUGGAUAUAGCCCCACGUUAUGCCAGUAUUUUGAUGGGAAUCUCCAACGGUGUGGGGACGCUGUCGGGGAUGGUGUGCCCCCUCAUUGUUGGUGCAAUGACUAAACAUAAGACCCGUGAAGAAUGGCAAAACGUCUUUCUGAUCGCAGCCCUGGUGCAUUACAGCGGAGUGAUAUUCUAUGCUAUCUUUGCUUCUGGGUAGAAGCAGGAAUGGGCUGACCCCGAAAGCCUCAGUGAAGAGAAAUGUGGAAUAAUUGAUCAAGAUGAACUCGCUGAAGAAACAGAGAUGAACAAUGAAACUUUUGUAAGUCCAAAGAAAAUGUAUGGUGCUACCAGUCAAAACAGUGAAGUACAGCCAAGGGAAUGGAGAAAGAAAAAGCAAGUAACUCAAGACAUGGAAGAACAGACUCCUUACCACUACGAAAAUGGAAAUUUUCAAGACCUGUCAUAAUACCUGAAGUUGUAAGGUUUGUGUAGCAGCUACUCCCAGCCUCCUCCUGCCCCAAAUCAGCCGGUAUCCAUAUUUAUUUUCUUAUUCAUUCAUGUAACAUCGGGUCAUGAGGCUGGAUAUAAGGAGUAGUGAUUCUCCUCUAACAGUGUGGAAGAGGGCUCUUACCAAUGGACCUGGGAGAUAUGAUGUUGAAUUCUGCCUCUGCCAUCGGAUCCCUUUCAGAGGACCUGCACCCCUUAGGAGACGACCAACCCUGGCAGGGCUCCUUCCUGGUGCAAGCCUAUGAUUGCAGGAGGCGGAGUACCCCAGCCUUCUUAUUCAAACAGAGACAGGAUAAGGUCAUUUUGGAUGGUGGAUCUGCAGAUAUAUAUAUGUGCUUACUGGGGUUCCAAUGACAUGGGAGUCAGCCCGGAGUGGCCCUGCUGGACAUUACCCCGCUGGUGAAUGCUUUCUUCUGCUUUGUCUUUUUAGGAUUCCUAAAAAUUCAGCAUUUGAGCUGCUUAAUGCAUGUAAAACUGCAAGCUCAUGCUAAGAGAUCAGAGUGGAGGGAAAAGCAGAUUGAUAACACAGAACUGCCAUUACGUAUGGUCACUCAUCAAUAGGAAGAGGAACUUGUUGCAGAAAAGGCGCAGUAUUGCUUCAGUGCUUCCUUCAAAGUGAUUGAUAGUCUGCUUUCUAGACAUGGCCCACAGAGUCUGGAUAGGACAAUAAAAUGGAUACUAGUGAGAUUUCUCCCCCUCCAAAGAUUUUGUGCUGGCAUGAAACAAUUUUGAAUACAAAAUCGUCAUUAGUGAUGCAAUAUUAUUAAUCCUUUUGAAAGGAAAUCAUAGUCCUGUUGGGAUUAAGUUUCUUGCUGAAAUCAUUAUUGUGAAGUAAUUUAAAUAUAUUUUUCUAGUAUUAUACUGGUAGAGUUCCCGAUCUAAAACCCAGCAGUCCUUAUUUAGGUGAAUGAGCUCCCUUACACACAAGUAGCCUUUAGUUCUUGAUCUGUAACUUUUCUUCAUCAUUGCCUCAGUCUCACUAUUGAUACAAAGUACUGUACGUUCUGAGAGUUAUCAGAGUAUCUAUCUCUAAAAGCAUUUUUCUUCUGCCAUCAGUAUAUAUUUGACAGUAUAAUGUGGCUUUAGCCUUUUUCUACCAUUUUUUGAACCAACUGAUGGAGCAUGCUGUAUCAUCUCAGACAGUUAGCUGCAACUCGAGGACUCAUUGUGGCAUUAGUACUGUUUUCAGAAUGGAGAAUUUCAGUAAGCUAUGAUUUAAUUUGUCUUACGUUAUGAUUACUGACUCAUUAAAUUCAAGUGAAAACUAUUCUGUCUAGUCUACGAUGUGCUUUGUGAUUUUUCAGUAUUAUUGUUCUGAUGUACCAUAUACAGCCACUGUGAUGCACAUGAGAUUAGAAUGUUUCUAACACUCACUUUGUUGUUUUGUUGAAGCACAAUUGAA